AUGCCAGAAACGCGAGACGUGUCCAUGGAGCCGUCGUUUGGGUCCAGCUCGGCGGGCACCGAGGAGGCGUCGACGCGGCGCGUCGCCAACCGCAUCAUCCGCGCGCUGCAGCACCACCUCCUGCUGCUGCACCGCGCCGGCGCCGACUUCUUCGUGCUGGGCGCCACGGGCAACGUGUACACGGUGACCCUGGCGACCACGCCGGCGUGCACGUGCCCCGACCCCGGCGCGCCCUGCAAGCACAUCCUCUUCGUGCUGCUCCGCGUCCUCGGCCUGUCCCUCGACGAGGCCUGCGUGUGGAGGCAAUCGCUGCGGCCGUGCCAGGUCGCGCGGCUCGUCGCCGCGCCGACUUACCCGGAGGUGCUCGCCGGCCCUCGCGCCCGGGCGAGGUUCCACCAGCUGUGGUCGGCUCACGCGGCGGCCGCGGCCGCCAAGGCCGCCGACCAGCGCCGGCAGGAGUCCGCCGCGCCGCCGUCGGGGCGCCUCGACGGCGCCGCCUGCCCGGUGUGCCUCGAGGAGAUGGCGCCUCCGGCGGCAGAGGCACAAGGCGGCGCGGCGGCGCCGCUGCUGACGUGCGGCACGUGCCGGAACUCGGUGCACGCCGAGUGCUUCGCGCGGUGGAAGCGCAGCCGCGCGAGGCGGGCGGCGACGUGCGUCGUGUGCCGCGCGAGGUGGCGGAAGCCGAGCCGGGACCGGGAGCAGGACCAGCAGCAGUACCUGAACCUGUCGGCGUACAUGAACGAGGGGAACGACGUGGCGGACAUGCAGGUCGAGGACGGAGCUCCCUGUGGCGGAUAG